AUGGAGUCUCAUCACCUGCAUACGGCGACGCAGGGUUUGUCAGUCGACAACUUCGGGAGACGCGAGGGGAUCCGGCGUGAUUGGCCCAAAAAUAUUAUGGUGUCCGUCUGGCGGCAAACAGACAUUGCUGGAAGUGACGACCGAGCCUCAGUGGGCGGCGGUGCGAUGAAGAUCAUCAAGGCCGUAGUGCAGAGGAAACUUCCUCCGCGAUGGGGAUAUCUGACGCUUAUGGUGAGCAUGCUGUACUUACUGCGGCGAGCCAGGAUCAAGGACAUCCCGCGCGAGAACGUGUUGAGCUUUUUUGCUGCCAUGCUGCCCACUGAGCUCUCGCACAACAUGCUCGCGAUCAACUUCGCUAUCAUCUAUAAGUUGCACAAGUCCAAGCAGCCCGUACUGUCAGAGUGGGUCGGCUCAAUCGGAGCGUUGUUGCAGUGUAUUGUAAUGGCUCGGCUGGCGAAGAUAUACCGAGACAAUAUCUCCUCCAAGCAUCUGAUUCGGGACACAAUGCACGCUUUCGAUAUUUCUUCGGAUAGUGUUCAGAGCAUUGGCAAGCUCAGCUGGAAGCAGUGGUUUGCUGUGUUGUUACCCGUGCCUCAGCCGUUGGGACUUGCGAUGGCAUUCCCGGGAGUCUCGAAGAUACAGACAGUUACCUUUGCUCAUGUGGGGAAGAACAAGACCACCGCGCUGCUAAUGGACGUGUACAAGCAUCCAAAUACACCGUCCAAUGCUCCUAUCGUGCUCUACAUCCACGGCGGUGCUUGGGUCAUGAGCACUCGAGAGACCCCCCCACUUCCAUGCAUUUACCAGAUUGCUGCUAGUGGGUGGGUCGUGUGCGUGUUCGACUACCAGAAAUCUCCAAAGAUCGCCUUCCCCGAGCAGCUUGUAGAUGCCAAGCGCGCGAUGGCCUUCCUUCGUCGGAACGCACGGAAGAAAUUCGACGCCAACCCGGACUACAUUGUCGUGGCAGGAGAGUCUGCUGGUGGCCACCUGGCAAGCUUGAUGGCUCUUACUCCGGCCGACAAGUCACUUCAACCCGGUUUCGAGGAGGUGGACACAAGUGUACGCGGUUGCAUUGACACCUACGGUGUUCACGAUUUUAAGGACCGCCAUGGUGUGUACUUCUACAAGGACAAAGACCACAUCUUCGUGCGCUUCAUCGAGCUCCUGGUGAUGCAGAAGAAGAUGAGCGAUGCGGAUGAGGACUGGGAGAAGGCGUCGCCCGUCGGUUGGCUCCGUGAAGAGAAAUCUAGCGACCUUCCUGCUGUCAUCCCACCAUUUCUCAUUUCGCACGGCACGCUGGACACGCUGGUACCAUUCGGUAGUUCGCAGGUCUUCUUCGAGCAGCUCCAGCUGUAUCGACAGCGCGCGCAGCAGACUCCAGUGGGCGGCGUUUGUGACAUCUUCCUGAAGAUCCCGGGUGCACACCACGCCUUCAACUACGUCAUGUCACCGCGAGCGAUCGCUCACGGCCAAGCUGUAGCUGCCUUCCUGAACAAUCUGUACGCAAAGACCAAAGAUAUUCCGCUGCACUGCGCAUCCGAAUUGGCGACGGCGCAGAUAGCAGAGUUGGCGGCUGCAGCCACCACAACUGCAACGGCACGCCUUUGA